GCUCCGAUAUUACAUUUGCCAGUUCUUUUAAUACCCUUGGAUGGAGUUCAUCUGGCCCUGGAGACUUAUAUUCAUUUAGAUUAACCAGAUAUUCCUGUACUAUCACUUUACUUAUUCUGUGCUCCAUUUCCUCUAUUCUGCCUGCUCCACUUUCCUCAGGUUGAGCACCCGUUUCCUUUUGUGUGAAGACUGAGGCUAAUAAGGAUAGGCUAGCCAAAAGCCAUGGCAAAGAGUUUUCUCUACAGCACCUCUGCCCAGCCUGAAACAGGGCCAAGGUCAGAGAGGCAAGCCAGCCAUAAAACACAGGAGAAGGGCCAGCCAGCCAGCCAGAUGUCCAAAAAGGCUGCCGAUCAGAGGAAGAUCGACGCGGAAUGUAGGGUAUUCAACCCGCAGUGGACAGAAGAUUACUUUUUCAUCGAGCACAAGGACAAAGCUGUGUGCUUGAUAUGCCAUAGUACAGUGGCUGUGUUCAAGGUAUACAAUUUGCGUCGACACUAUCAAGCGCAUCAUAAAGAUACAUAUGAUGGUUUCGUUGGACAAGUGAGAAAAGAUAAAAUAUCAAGACUUAAAACUCCAUUGACAAGCCAGCAAAAUAUUUUUGUGAACCAGAAGCAGCAAAACAUUGUGUCCAUGCGAGCAAGUUAUGAAGUUGCCCAGGCAAUAGCGUCUGCUGGCAAAUCAUUCAUGGAAGGAGAAUUUAUUAAAGACUGCCUUCUUAGAGUUGCCAAAGUGAUGUGCCCAGAAAAGGCUGAUGUAUUUAAUACAGUGAGUCUUUCAGCACAUACAAUUACACGAAGGGUUGAAGAACUGGGAGACAAUUUGAAGCAGCAAUUGCAAAACUCUGCAAAAAACCUUUCCUACUUUUCCUUGGCACUCGACGAAAGUAACAAUAUUCAUGAUUCUGCACAACUUCUGAUUUUUAUUCGUGGGAUAAAUGACAAUUUCGAAGUUACAGAAGAGCUUGCUGCACUGCAAAGCAUCAAAGGGACCACAACAGGAGAAGAUAUCUAUGAAUUGAUUUGCCGGACUGUUAAUGGUUUGGAGCUGGACUGGGCUAAACUAGCCAGUGUGACAACCGAUGGCACUCCUAGCAUGGUGGAGUCUAAGAGAGGAGUAAUUUCUCGCAUUAACCAAGAGAUGGAAAAACAUAACCAUUCUCAGCCAAUAGCCAUACACUGCCUCAUCCACCAA